AUGAGCGCAAUCGCAGGCGGAACCGCUGGUCUGAGCAUCGCGACGCCUGCCGGCAGAGGUCGCAAGCGAGGUUCAUCUGCGGCAACGUCGCGAGCUGCUGCGGCGACAAGUGAUGCGGCCGGCGUAGAAAGCCUGGGCGGCCGAUCGGGAAAACGAAAAGAUGCAGUUACGGGUGGUGGUGAGGCGGGUGACGACGACGACGACGUCUUAAGCAAGCCCGCGUCUUCCCGUCUCGGUGCGACAGGCGCUGCUGCGGCCGCAGGGGCAGAUCAAGGCGGGCACCCGUCGGCAGGUGCGGCCGAUCGCGAGGGGACCGAUGGUCGGGGGGCUGCGGCAGGGUUCCGAGACGGCGACGCUGCGACGGGAGGACACCGCCGCGCGGUAUCGGGGAACUUCGCAUGGCUGGGCACGAGCACGGCGGGCACCGCGCAUGCCGUGAAGGCGGCGCUCAAGUCGUCGCUCGUCGCGCUGGGCGCCGCCAGGAGUCCCGCGUCGGCAGCGGGCAAGGGCGCAUUGCCGGGCCGUUCGGCAGGAACAGCGGGGGAGGAAUCGGUCCGCGCAGCGGCGGCGCAGAGGCUGAGCGCGGUGCUGCGGCACCCCGCGGUGCCGGUGGUGCUGCCCAUGGUGCUGGCGGUGGUCAUCAGCGCCUACUUCCUCCGCCUCGUCCCGGGCGGCAGCUCCCAUUCCGUGGCGGACGAGUCGGGCUGGCGGCUGUGGUGGGGGGCCAACCGCGCUGAGCGCAUGGCGGCCGCGGCAUCUGCGGCGGCGAAGGCGCAGCAGGCGGCGGUGGAGAGGCUGCAGGAGGUGGUGGUGCGGCUGGAGAAGCGCACCGAGUCCAUGGCGCAGGCGCUGCAGGUAGGGGGAGACGGGGGAGAGAGGAGGGGGAGUGAAGGGGGAGAAAUUGGCAAGGGGCAGGAGAGAAGGGCGACAGGAGAGGGCGCAGGAGGUGGAGGGGCGGGCGUUGACACUGGACGACGUGAGGGCGGCGGCGAAGAGGGUGGUGGAGGAGCAGCUGCAGCGGCACCUCACGGACGACAUAGAGCGCGCCGACUAUGCCCUCGCCACUGGCGGGGGGCGCGUGUGGCGCACUCAGAUGCGCUGUACACGCGGCAGCAGCAGCAGCAGCGCCAGCAGAAGCGCCGGUGGAGCCAGGUGGUCAGCACCGUGUCUCGCCUCGCCUCCUCCGGUGCUGCGGGCGCAGGCGUUGCUGCAUCCAGCGGCAAGGAGCAGGAGGCGGACUUGCUGCACCCCAACGCACAGGUGGUGCUCACGCCUGGGCGGUUCCCUGGUAACUGCCUGCCGCUCAAGGGGCAGCAGGGGCACAUUGACAUCCGCCUGCGCUCCACCAUUGUGCCGCGCGCCUUCACCCUUGAGCACCUGCCCAAGAGCAUUGCGUACGAGAUUCACAGCGCACCCAAGGACACAUUCAGCGUGGGGGAGGCGGUGGAGGAAGCGGGUGGUGGCGAUGGCAUGGGCAUUGGCAUGGUGCGAGUGCGUGUGCUGUCCAACUAUGGGCAUCCUAACUUCACCUGCAUCUACCGCGUCAGGGCUCAUGGGGACGCCCUGGUUGGGUGA